AUGUCCGACCAGGGAGAGCUGUACGAGGAUUCCUGGAUUCUAUAUCAUGUCCUGGACAGGAUGAUGGGGAGCCGGGAAAUAGUGGCCGUCAGGAGGAAGGUGACACUUAUAUAUAACUAUGAUGAAACAAAGCUAGAAACGUUUCUCACGGGAAGCACAGCUGAAGGGAUUCAGAUGAAGGGCUCGGACCAAGAUCGCAUGCUAAUUGACAACUCUGUGGUAGUUAUAUGUCCUAACCAGCAAACCAGUAUCACAACCGAUAUUGCUAAUGAAACGGUAUUUAUUAUGAGAGAUACCGACAGCCGACCUGGCUAUGUAACUUUGCAGCUGAUUGGACGAAGAUGCACUCCAGACUUGUUGAAUUCGAUUGUACCUGUUGGAGAUGUACACUUUAUAUCAAGUGAAAUGUAUGCACGGUUGUUAUCAGAUCAUGCAAGUGAUGUAUUCGGGAUUACCGUGGACACUCAUGGACCAGCUACUACUACGUCGGGCAAACUAGAUAAUACAGGAGCAGAUAUGGAUUUUGUGCGUGCGUUCAAAUGUACUAGUUGGCCAAGCGAGGCCAAUGAAUGGUUGAGUAGACAUCGAUUGUAUAACUGGCCGAAUAAAUGUUUGAGGGAUCAGGUAGCACGAGGUGGUUGCCAUCUUGUCCCUGUAGGAGAUAAAACAUCAGCCGACACAUUCCUACAAUGGAGAAUUUCGUUCGUGACUGCGGAACGCAAACUCAUUCAUUCUCUCAGUCAUGUCCAGUUCCUAGUGUAUUGUCUUCUUAAGUACCUUUUAAAACAGAUAUCCGGGAAGUUGAAACAAAUAUAUGGGGAUACAGAUAUUCUCUCGUCAUAUAUUAUCAAAACAACUAUACUCCAUGCAGUAGAAAACACACCUUUAUCUUUAUGGGAAGAAAAGAAUAUAUUUCUUUGUUUCAUGCUGUGUUUAAAUAUUUUGGCCACGUGGGUGAAAGCAGGAUAUUGUCCUAAUUACUUUAUAUACAAGAAUAAUAUGUUCCUUGGGAAGGUUCAUGGUCCCGAUCAACAAAACCUGCUUCGUUUACUUGUUGAACUCCGUGAUAUGACAUGGGGUUGUCUAUCAAUAGGAACAUUCUACCAAUCAUCUAUAGGAGAGACUAUCCAGAGAGUGAAGAAUGGAGCCUGGGAACUAGUACUGCCUACACCAGUAAGAUCAGAAAGAGAAAUUGAUAUCACAAUAUUCGUACGGUCCUUCGUUUUGUUUCGUGCAACUGAUGUACUGCCCGCUUUGAAACUUCUGAGCAAAUCAAAGUCGGACAUGGAUGAAUUCAUAGCUUACUUCAAUACAGUACAUGCACUUUCUUUGAAAGGGAAGGAGGCAUUUGAGAAACAAGCUCCUCUCGGAGGAAACAAACAGAGGUAUAAAUAUCUUAGGAAAUGUAAGAAGUUUAUAUCACCACUUGCCGUAACUUGUACAAGUCCAGGUCUACUGACGUUGGCAACCUAUCACUACCAGACUGGGAAUUACAUGAAAACACUGGAAAUGUGUGGACACAUGAUUUCCUCGUGGAAAGUUUUCGUUGAGAAUAUAAGUGAGAAAGAUCAAGACAUAUACGAACAUCUCUACUGUGGGCUUGGGUAUAGUCUUCUGCACAAAUUUCAGCAAGCAUGUGUAUCAUACAUGGCUUUUACAGAAAAAGAUUCAAAUUUCUGUCCAGUUCAUUUACAACAAGAAUUAACGAAAGUCGGUGGUUUCAAGAUAAUAAUCCCUCCACUCCCUUACGCCGUGUUCCUAACCUUUCUGUGUUACCACGAGCUUAACGACACAAGACGACGUGACACAGCACUGCUCGAACUUCGGGCCGUGAAGUAUGAUAAGUACCAGGGAGGAAGUAUAUACUGGAUUGUCCACAACCUCUUAGGAAUCUGUUACGAAAUGGUCGGUGACAUACGCCGUGCUCUCAGGGAAUACAAGGACUCUCUGAGUGGUGCACAACCUUUUCAUUAUGACAAUCCCGCCAUGGAGAGAAUAUCAACAAUAACGGCAAAAAAAUAUUUUCGAUGCUGUGUAAAGGAUCAACAUCAAUAG